CUCUGACUCCGCAACACCGAGGAAGUCAACUCACUUAAUCAAAGGCAUUGUCUCUCUUUUCUUCCUUUACCAUAUCUUUCCCUACCCCUAGAUUUCAACCUAACCCACCAAUCCUCCCGACCUUCUUUUCAAUCCCCAAUCUAGAAAUCCCAAACAAGCCACCCUCAAAAUGCCACCCCCGGGAACCCCCCUCAAACUCCUCUGCCUGCACGGCUACACGCAAUCGGGCGCCCUCUUCCACGCCAAAACCCGCGCCGUGAUCAAGCACCUCACCAAAGCCUUGAGCCCCACCUACACCGUGACGACUGCCUACCCGACGGGCCCGCACCGCCUGUUACCGUCUGACAUCCCGGGCUACGAGCCCCCGACCACGCAAGGCGGGAUUGCUGCCACCGAAGAGGUUGCCGACAACGACCCCGAGGCCUACGGCUGGUUCCGCCGCUCCAACACCGCCAACCCCCCGCUGUACGCGGGCUUGGAGGAGGGCCUCACCACGAUAGCGCAGGUCAUCCGGGAGGAAGGCCCCUUCGACGCGGUGGUGGGGUUCUCGCAGGGCGCCGCGAUGGCCGCGAUGGUCGCGUCUUUGCUGGAGACGGGCCGGUUGCAGGUGUUUGAGGGGUUGGAGAAUCCCGAAAAUGCGUGUGCGGGGACGGAGUUUACUGGGGUGGAGGGGUUCAAGGUGCCGGAGGCUAGUACUGAAAAUGGGGGGAGGCAGAAGCAGGGCCCGUUGAAGUUCGCGGUGUGCUACAGUGGGUUCCGCGCGCCGGGGCCGCGGUAUCGCGCGUUCUAUGAGCCGGGGAUCAAGACGCCCGUGUUGCAUGUGCUGGGCACGUUGGAUGCCGUGGUGGAUGAGGGGCGGAGUCGCGCGUUGAUUGAGGCGUGUUUGGGGGAUCCGGAGGCCCAGGGGAGGGUGGUCUUCCAUCCCGGUGGGCAUUUUGUGCCGAGUCAGAGGCCGUAUUUGGAUGCUGUGGUGAGGUUUAUCAGGGAGGUUUUGGAGGCCGAGGAUGGGGGCACGAAGAAAGGGGUCAUGGAUGAGGAUGUUAAUGAUAUGGAGUUGCCGUUUUGAGUUUAUGCGCUAAAUAGAUGUUGAGGGUGUAUAGAGAGAGAGAGAGAGAGAGAGAGCGAGUGUGUGAGAGGCUACUAUAGAUAAUCGUCAUACCAUCCU